GCCUGGCGGGGAGGAAGCAGCUGAGACCCCACCAACAGGCCGGGGGUUAAUUUAGCAAGAAAAAGGGGGCGGGAAGGCUGUACAACACCUGCCAAUUCGCCACCAUGAACGUGGUUUUUGCUGUGAAGCAGUACGUUUCCAAAAUGAUAGAGGACAGCGGGCCGGGUAUGAAAGUACUUCUCAUGGAUAAAGAUACGACUGGCAUAGUGAGUAUGGUAUACACACAGUCAGAGAUUCUUCAGAAGGAAGUGUACCUCUUUGAACGCAUUGAUUCUCAAAAUCGAGAGAUCAUGAAACACCUGAAGGCAAUUUGUUUUCUUCGACCUACAAAGGAGAAUGUGGAUUAUCUGAUUCAGGAGCUCAGAAGACCCAAAUACAGUAUAUAUUUUGUUUAUUUUAGUAAUGUGAUCAGCAAGAGUGAUGUGAAGUCAUUGGCUGAAGCUGAUGAACAGGAAGUUGUGGCUGAGGUUCAGGAAUUUUAUGGUGAUUACAUUGCUGUGAAUCCACAUUUGUUUUCUCUCAAUAUUUUGGGUUGCUGCCAGGGUCGAAACUGGAAUCCAGCCCAGCUAACCAGAACAACUCAAGGACUGACAGCUCUCCUUUUAUCUCUGAAGAAGUGUCCCAUGAUUCGUUAUCAGCUUUCAUCAGAGGCAGCAAAGAGACUUGCGGAAUGUGUUAAGCAAGUAAUAACUAAAGAAUAUGAACUGUUUGAAUUCCGGCGGACAGAGGUUCCUCCAUUGCUACUUAUUUUAGAUCGUUGCGAUGAUGCCAUUACCCCAUUGCUAAACCAGUGGACAUAUCAGGCCAUGGUCCAUGAAUUACUAGGCAUAAACAACAAUCGGAUUGAUCUUUCCAGAGUGCCGGGGAUCAGUAAAGACUUAAGAGAGGUGGUCCUAUCUGCUGAAAAUGAUGAAUUCUACGCUAAUAAUAUGUACCUGAACUUUGCUGAGAUCGGUAGCAAUAUAAAGAAUCUCAUGGAAGACUUUCAGAAGAAGAAACCGAAAGAGCAGCAAAAACUAGAAUCAAUAGCAGACAUGAAGGCCUUUGUUGAGAAUUAUCCGCAGUUUAAGAAGAUGUCUGGGACUGUAUCAAAGCAUGUGACAGUGGUUGGAGAACUGUCUCGGUUGGUCAGUGAGCGGAAUCUGCUGGAGGUUUCAGAGGUUGAGCAAGAACUGGCCUGUCAAAAUGACCAUUCUAGUGCUCUCCAGAAUGUAAAGAGGCUCCUGCAGAACCCCAAAGUGACAGAGUUUGAUGCUGCCCGCCUGGUAAUGCUUUAUGCUCUACAUUAUGAGCGACACAACAGCAAUAGUCUGCCAGGACUAAUGGUGGACCUCAGGAAUAAAGGUGUUUCUGAGAAGUUUCGGAAGCUCGUGUCUGCAGUUGUUGAAUAUGGUGGUAAACGGAUCAGAGGAAGUGACCUCUUCAGUCCCAAAGAUGCUGUGGCUAUUACCAAACAGUUCCUCAAAGGACUAAAGGGAGUAGAAAAUGUAUAUACACAGCAUCAGCCUUUUCUGCAUGAAACUCUGGACCAUCUCAUCAAAGGAAAGCUUAAGGAAAGUCUAUAUCCUUAUCUAGGCCCCAGCACACUCAGAGACAGACCUCAGGAUAUCAUUGCUUUUGUAAUUGGAGGUGCCACCUAUGAAGAGGCUCUGACAGUUUAUAACCUGAAUCGUACCACUCCUGGAGUGAGGAUUGUCCUGGGAGGAACCACGGUGCACAACACGAAGAGUUUCCUAGAGGAAGUCCUGGCUUCUGGACUGCACAGCCGAAGCAAGGAGAGCUCUCAAGCCACAUUGAGGUCAGCAAGUAGAAGAUGAAAUGGUGAUAGACAGGUGGGGAAAAUGGCACAGCUUCCCCUCCUGCACCUGCUGCAGGCUUUCCCCACUAACCAGAGGUGUUGUAGAGAAGCUUCGGGCUUUGUGCUUAUUGUUGUAACUCAUCUCCAGGUAGCCUGCUGAUAACCGAACUGUUGGCACAGACACCAAGACUCCCAGUUGAUGAGCUGAGAAUAAGUGUGAGCCCAUCCCAACCCACUUUUCUCAUGGUUUCUUUAUCCAGUAAAUAAAUGUAUUCUUUGUGUAUUUGAUAAUACAAUCACUUCAGUUUCUGACGAAUUUUGUUGGGAUCUUACUUGGGGAAAGGGCUAUCAGAGCCUAGAGGGGUUUUAAAAGUAAUCAUUUGAUGCACAUGCUGCACUCCUCAAUUUCCUCUUUCUUCCCUUGACCCUUUUUACUUUUCAUUAACCACAUUGCUGCAUAACCCAUUUCUGAAAACUCACGUUUCUUUAGAGAACCAUCCAAAAAAUUAUUUGUCCAUACAUUGCAAUUUUCUGUGGCAUAGAGAAACCAUGUAU